AUUCAUCCAUUAAAUUAAUUUCCUAUACUCAGAAUCACAACACAAAGAAGAAGAAGAAGAAGGUUCUUUCAAUUCAUUCAUCUGUUUCGCUUACUCUUCACAUCUCUUUUUAUUUUUCUUCUUCUUCUUCAGACAAGCAUUUGCUUUUGGGUGGUGACUCACACCCACUUUUCCGUUCAGGAAUUGAGUACCAGUAGCUGAGUUUGUGUGAAUGUUUGUUUGACAUUCAAAUUCACCAGUAAAAUUUUAUUUGGGAGAUUUGAGAUUAAGUUGCAGUUUAUAAGGAGCUUUCAGUCAUCAAGAUGGUGGUGGUUGUUUGACUUUGAACUUGUCAUAGACUGCUUUAUACUUGUAAAGCUCAUGAGGCUGCGUUGCUGCGAGCUACAUGUAGAAGCAAGAUGAUUGAGCAAUUCAUCAAUUUCGUUAUUAGGCCUCCCAGGGCAGAAUAUAAUCCAGAUCAGUACCUGUGGGAAAAGGAAUUCACUCUUGCAGGCAGAACAUACCAGAGGCAGGAUUUGGAGCUCAAGAAUGCCAGGGGCUAUACCUUGAAGUGUAGUCAUUAUCUCCCUGCUCCUUUCCCUGAGGAUACUUCUCUUCCUUGUGUUAUAUACUGUCAUGGAAACAGUGGUUGUAGGGCAGAUGCCAAUGAAGCUGCUGUCAUUCUUCUUCCUUCAAAUAUUACUGUUUUUACCCUUGACUUCUCGGGGUCAGGCUUAUCUGAUGGGAACUAUGUUAGCCUUGGUUGGCAUGAAAAAGAUGAUCUCAAGAUGGUGGUGUCAUAUUUGAGAAGCAACAAACAAAUUUCCCGUAUAGGUCUCUGGGGACGAUCAAUGGGUGCAGUUACUAGCCUUCUUUAUGGAGCGGAAGACCCUUCUAUUGCUGGAAUGGUGUUGGAUAGUGCUUUUUCGAACUUAUAUGAUCUCAUGAUGGAGCUCGUGGAUGUUUAUAAAAUUCGGCUUCCAAAGUUCACUGUUAAAAUGGCUGUACAGUACAUGCGGCGGGUUAUUGAGAAGAAGGCAAAGUUUGAUAUUAUGAAUCUGAACUGUUUGCCGGUUGCACCGAAGACAUUCAUUCCUGUUUUAUUUGGACAUGCAAGCGACGACAAAUUCAUUCAGCCUCAUCACUCUGAUCUCAUCUCUGAAUCCUAUGCAGGUGAUAAAAACGUCAUAAAAUUUGAUGGUGACCACAACUCCUCUCGGCCACAAUUCUUUUAUGAUUCAGUUUCCAUUUUCUUCUACAAUGUGCUCCACCCUCCUAAUGUUCCUAAAGCUCAUAAACUUGAGAAGUAUUACGAUUUGGGGGAUUUGAAACUUGGCUCUAGUGUAGACGAGAGCCUAUUAUAUGAGAUUCUCUCUAGUCUGCAGUCUGCAACCACUGAUGCUGCUAGUUCAUCUUCUGUGCUUCCAACAAUUUCUUCCACAAAAUCAGUUAGCGAACUUCUUUCGGAAGUUGCACCAGUGACUGAUGUAGAGUCCAUUUUUAGAGAAGAUACUACAUAUGGUAAUGAUGAAACUGGCCAUGAUGAGCCCUCAGAUGUGCAGGAUAAGCUAAAUGGCCAGAUUGAAGAUUGUUGCUCAUAUACAAGCUCCAAUAGAGAAAGUUGGGGCAGGUGUUCUUCUUUAGGAGGCAGUGAUGGAGAAUCUUCUGCAGAUUUAAGGGCUGAUGAUACCCUCUCUAAGAAUACUGUGAAGGUGCUGGCAACCCCAAUGCGAAGCAAGAGUGAAAAAUCGGCAGAGGCCAAAGAAGAUGAGAAGAAGCAUAAGAAGAAUAAGAAGAAAAAGAAGGGUGAAAGCGUUGUAAAGAAGCCAAAGAGUGAGAGGUUUGAGAAGCUGGAGGCACUUAGCAGACGCCUGCGGCUUUGCCUUCUAAAGGGAUCAACCCAUCGAAGGCACAAGUCCUCUUAGACUCGCCUCUGUAAUUGUAAUGUUUUUUCAACAUACAUUAAUUUUAUAAAUACUAUUUCUAGGCACUCCUUCAAAUUCAACAACUAGUUAGGUUUUUAACUAUAGGAAUUGCCAAAUAUUGAUUUCUAUUUGCCUGCCAUUUCGCUGCUAUGAUUGUAUUUAUGAAUGUGACGCACCCCAUUGUCCGUCUGGUAUUGCAAAUAUCCAUCCUUGG